AUGAACAAUACUUGUGCAUAUCAUGAAAUCAAAGCUACUUCGUCGUCCAAAAACAUAGAAGCAGUUACCAUCAACAGAUUGAGCCGAGCAACACAAAUGGCAGGCUCGACGUUGACUUCAUGGACGAUGAGACAUGUGCUCGCUUUGCAAGGUUUCCCUCAUCUGAAAGAAGACUGUUCUGAGAUUGGCAGGCAACCGCAAAAUAUUUUGUACACUAUGCUACGGAUACCAAAAAGCGAUAAAAAUAACCGUAUCCUGCACGCCAUUUCAUGCAUUGGGGGUACGGACGGAGGUGAACGUUUGGUAUAUAAAAAAAAUGCAGAGAUGGCUUCAAAUUUAUUCCCUAGCACAACCAUCCCAGCUAGUACCGAUUCGAAAGCAGUGACUCACCAGACUGAAUAA